CGGUCGGACGUGAUAACCGUGUGACGUCACCGUCGUGCCACACUAUCAUUCAUUGUCGUCCGACGGGCGAUUACUGCGGCAACGGCGACCUACUAAGUGUCCACUACUGCCUAGGGCCAGUGUACCGUUACUCGCGUAGUACGUGCCGUUCUCGUCGGCCGCCGGUCGUCUCCCCAUGUCACUGUCAAUGGUGUAUCUCGAUUCCUUGAGCUGCUACCACCGCUUUUCUGUUUGAACCGCAAUCGUUAACGUUAGCUGGCGAACUAUUGUGUCCGUUGACAGGUUUAAACGUGAAAUACAUAUUCAGAAGUCAAGUCGCCUCGCUUGAAUGUUUCGUGAAACGCGACCAUAAUAGACGCGAACUCGCUCCUCUCCAGUGCCUCUGACCCUUGCCGUUGCUGCUGUUGCUGCUGCUGCUGCUGCUGCUGCUGCUGCUGCUGCUACUACCACUACUGUUAUUGUCCCAAAUCUAGACGUGUACGGUCGAUUUUGAGUCCUAGUGACAAUAAUGCAAUGUUCGAUAUAGAUAUUUCGGAGAUGGGUGAUCAUGCGCAGAAAUAUGCCAAUGAUAAUGACAUGAAUCUCAAGAAUUCAUUUUGGAAGAAAAAUAUUAGAAAUCUUCCUGGAAGAGCAAGUCCUAAGAAAGAAAGCAAAUCUGUAUCGUCAUCUGCAUCAACAUCAUUUGAUGAUUUUCAAGAAAGUGUUAGUGAUGCAUGGGAAAUUGAAACUGAGGAUGAAAUACUACGUAUAUCUGACGUGAAAAUAUCGAAGCGUGUGGCCCAUUCUGCUGCUGUCAAUGUAAUUAAUAAUCAUAAGGCUUCAAUAGAGGAAAUCCAUAAAUCAAAAACCUAUUCCAAUCCUGAUUCAAAAAAAGAAUCCAGUUCACAAACUAAUAAAGAAACUAAUAAAGAAAAUAGAGUGAAUUUUUUCCAGUAAGUUGUGGCACAAAUAUGAUUUAAAGCACUCUAUGAGUAUAAUAAAUAUUUUUAUAUUAAAGAUGCUGAUGUCGAUUCCAACAAAUUAAUAAAAUUCCAGAUGUUACUUGAAAGUAAGUUAUUACACCUAGAAGAUUUGAAAAAACUUAGUUGGUCCGGUGUACCAGUAGAAGUGCGUCCUAAGACUUGGAGACUAUUAGCUGGGUAUUUGCCAACUAGUUCUGAACGUAGACAACAAGUACUUGAACGAAAGCGAAUUGAGUACGCGAAUCUCCUCAAACAGUAUUAUGACACAGAUAAAGAUGAAGUGUAUAAAGACACUUAUAGGCAGAUUCAUAUUGAUAUCCCACGUAUGAGCACUCCACUUUUUCAACAAACUAUAGUGCAAGAAAUGUUUGAAAGGAUUUUGUUCAUUUGGGCAAUCAGACAUCCAGCAUCUGGUUAUGUUCAAGGCAUGAACGAUUUAGUUACGCCUUUUUAUAUUGUCUUUUUACAAGAAUAUUUUCCUAUAGGCACAAAUAUUGAAACACUUCAUGUAAGUUCAUUAUCAAAAGAAAAUCGUGAUUCUCUUGAAGCUGAUUCAUUUUGGUGUUUAUCCAAAUUUUUGGAUGGUAUUCAAGAUAAUUACAUUUUCGCACAGCUCGGUAUUCAGCAUAAAGUUAACCAACUAAAAGAACUUAUUCAAAGAAUUGAUGGUACAUUGCAUGAACAUUUGAUGAAACAUGGAAUUGACUACUUACAAUUUUCAUUCAGAUGGAUGAAUAAUUUAUUAACAAGAGAACUACCUUUGAGGUGUUCUAUACGUUUAUGGGAUACAUAUCUAGCCGAGUCUGAUUGUUUUGCUACAUUUCAGCUUUAUGUAUGUGCUGCAUUUUUGUUGCACUGGCGGCAAGAAUUACUAGAAGAAAAAGAUUUUCAGGGUCUUAUGAUAAUGUUACAAAAUUUGCAAACACAAAAUUGGACUGAUAAAGAUAUCAGUUUAUUAGUAGCUGAAGCUUACCGAUUGAAGUUCACAUUUGCUGAUGCCCCAAAUCAUUUGACUACAAAAAGAUGAUCAUUUUAUGACAAAUUUAUUUGUAGCACAUCGAUACCGCAAUCCAUAUUUAUUUUUAUUAGUGAAAAUGAUUAUAUACUAUUGUUUCUUAUUUUGCCGUUAAAUUUAUUUAUUUUAACCACCAUUAUUGUACACAUAAAAAUUCAUAAUUAUAAAUGAUAAUGUUAAGUGUAUACAUUAUUGACAAAUGUCAAAGUUAUGUAGUUUAUUCUUGUUUUUUAUUUUUAUUGUUAUUGUACACCCACCAAUACAGGGUGUUUUGAUGGUUAUUAUCACAGAAUGUGCAUACUAUAUAUAAAUUUAUUUUUUCAUUACUA